AGCUGGGCUGUGCUGCGUCAGCCUCGGAUUGGACGCCUGAGACCGGCUCGCAAAUGACCCACUGUCGUAUUCAGGCGUCAUCAUCUAACAAGAAGCAGUAUAACAAUAGCCCUGGACUCCUGUCAGGCUCGGAUGCCGAAACCACAUCUAUCACAGCUUACAGUCAGCUUGAGCGUAUUAAUCCUACUCCUUCGACAGCUUCAUUACACCAACACCGACGUUGCACUAAACCAAUGCCGAACGAAAUAAGGUGUAAGUCAACCUCUUGGGGUCGCAUACCAGACACAAGGUUCCAACCCCCGAUUUCAAUACUGCACUAUGAUUUGUGCAGUAAUAAGAGACGAAAUGCUGGAAUGAACGCAAAGGCUCCAUUUCCGACGAUCGUUCUCCAGCGUUCUCGGCGGUGUUGGCAUUAAACGCAUAAACCCCUUUUCUCGACCACAGUCUGCAUGGACGAAACACCCAUGUGUCGUUGAUAGAUUAUGAGGCUUGAUCCCGCACACGCCGCGUAUCUUGGGGCACGAACCACUGAGCUAAAAACAACAGCAUUACGUCUGCAUCGUGAUAAAGGCCUAGUCAAUGCUGUGUGAACUAGAAGACCGAUGCCCAAGAGGGGACUCUUCUGGAAACUCUAGUCUAGAGAAAGGGGGCCAUAGGCCAAAAACUGUCACCAUGCCUUUUAGCCGCCCAUUUGGUAGAGCGCCACAUCUAGAAAUGGUUACAUCUGUAGGGCGAGGUCUGUCAGCGGCCAAGAUGCAAUCUGUAACUGCUUUUAGAAGUCGUUUUAGAGAUGGCUCUGGCCUAAGCACUAGACACAGUCGCAUGAUGAUGAUGCUAUUCAUAACUCAUC